AUGACGACGAUUCCCGCUCGCUUGGCCAAGGCUGCGCAGGUGUCGCAUUCGCUUGCGCAUGCACAGAGCCGUGCUCGCUCUCUGUACCGCAGCUGCUACCGUGCUGUAAGUAUGAGAGGAAGCUUAUGGCAGGUUCCCGAGAUUUGCGCGCUGUACCCGCUGGAUGUGCCGCCGGCCCUGCUGCGUGCCAAGAUCCGCACCAUGUUUGAGCGCAACCGCCACAUCACCGACGUUGCGAUCCUGGAUGUGAUGCUCCACAAGGGCUACCAGGAGUACCAGGAGACUGUGAAUGCGUGGAAGCAGACGCCGCACGUUAUGAAGUGGUUUGCCGAGGAGGAGGCGCCGGCCAAGCCCAAGACCUUCCUGGAGAAGUUCUAUGCUACCCGUGACGAGGGCCGCGGCCCGACGCACUCGGGCCUGUAG